UUUCCUUGCCAAGACUAGAGAAAGCAAGUCUGUCCCCAAGAAAGAAAUGAACAAACAUCGUUUGCUAGGACAUGAAUACUUUUGGGAUCAUUUGCAGCAAGAAGAGAUUCAGUGAAAAUUUUAUUGUCUACUGUAAACACUUCUGUUCCUUAGGUAACGCUACCAAAAAACCUGAAAUUAUAACUCAACAAGACUUUUUCUUUGAUGCCACCAAAGUAUUAAAGUUGCAUUCUUUACUACAAUCCUGUGCAAACAAUCGAGAACCCAUUAUAGGGAAGGCGUGCCAUGGACAAGUUAUUCGAUUGGGGUUAGAAACAGAUACCUUAACAUCAAACAUGCUAAUGAAUAUGUACUCGAAACGUGGUCUCAUUCGUCGUGUUUGUAAGGUGUUUGAUGAAAUACCUGAGAGAAGUAUGGUUUCAUGGAAUAUAAUGAUCGGUACUUGUGUACAGAAUGGAGAGGAGGAAAAGGCUAUCGACAUUUUCUUGGAAAUGCAAAGAGAAGGAAGCCCAUGCAGUGAAUUCACGGUUUCUAGUGUUGUUUGUGCUUGUGCUGCUAAAGGUGAUGUCUUUUUCUGCAGGCAAUUGCAUGCUUUUGCUAUCAAGGUUGUAGUGGAUGCUGGUGUUUUUGUGGGUACUGCAUUGAUUGAUGUUUAUGCAAAAUGUGGGUCGAUUGAAGAGGCAAGUUGUGUUUUUGAAGGGAUGCCUGAGAGGAAUGAUGUUACGUGGAGUUCAAUGGUGGCAGGGUUUGUGCAAAAUGAGCUUUAUGAAGAGGGCUUGGUGUUGUUUGCUAGAGGGAAGGAAAUGGGGCUUGAAAAUAAUCAGUUUAUGAUGUCAUCCGUUAUUAAGGCUUGUGCAGGGUUGGCAGCUUUGAUUGAAGGGAGGCAGGUGCAUGCUAUUGUUUGUAGAACUGGUUUGGGUCCAAAUAAUUUUGUUGCUUCCGCUCUUGUAGACAUGUAUGCCAAAUGUGGUAGCAUAGAAGAGGCUUAUGUUGUGUUUUGUAAUGUAGAGAGAAAGAAUGUUGUCUUGUGGAAUGCUAUAAUUUCCGGGUUUGCUAAACAUGCUUGCUCUUCGGAAGUGAUGAAUUUAUUCGAGGAAAUGCAGCAGACGGGUAUGAAACCGGAUGAAGUGACUUAUGUUGCAGUAUUAUCCGCAUGUGUUCAUGUAGGUUUGGUGGACAAGGGACGAAGCUAUUUCGACCUUAUGACAAGAAAGCAGAGCGUGUCACCAAAUGUACUUCAUUAUUCAUGCAUGGUUGAUAUUCUUGGCAGGGGAGGACUGGUUCAUGAAGCUCACGAGUUGAUGACGAAAAUGCCAUUUGCUGCUACUGCUUCAAUGUGGGGAUCACUUUUAGCCUCUUGCAGGAUUCAUGGGAAUCUUGAAUUAGCUGAGAUUGCAGCUAAGAACUUGUUCGAGAUGGAACCUGAUCGUGGAGGAAACUAUGUUCUACUGGCAAACACAUACGCUGCUAGUAAAAAGUGGGGGGAAGCUGCAAAAGCAAGGAAGUCCGUCAAAGGGAGUGAGAUCUUGAAGGAGAGGGGCAAGAGUUGGAUCGAAAUUAAGGACAAAGUUCACACUUUUAUGGCUGGCGAGAGAACCCAUCCUAGAAUAACUGAUAUAUAUUUAGAGUUGAAUAACUUGCUAGAAGAGAUGACUAUAUUAGUUAAUAAGGCUGAGACUGACUUUGACCUUCAUGAUCUGUAAGAUAGCUGAAAGCGAGAACUUCUGAGCCACCACGUCCAUAAGCUAGCUCUUGCAUUCGGGAUUGCCAUUCUUUUAUGAAGCUUGUUUCUAGAAUUACUAAAUUAUAUUUUAGU